AGAGAGAAAGAGAGAGGAAAAGAGAGAAAGAGAGAGGGGGUGGGAGAAAACAAGAGAAAGGGAAAGAAACAGCAAAAAGAGGAAAAGCCGAAAAGAAAAUUAAAGGCACGACGAAGGUCUAAAAUGCCUUGUCGUGAGUGAGGCUGGUGGUUCUACGGAUUUUCCUGAAGUAGAAGCGAAGGUGUAGAGUUAUUAUAGGAGUCCUUGGAGAGAACGUAAAAAAGAGAAGGAAAAAGAGAUAGAAGAGGAAGAGAGGGAGAGAGAAAAAGAAAGAGAGAGAAAGAAACAGAGCAAAACGAUCGGAAAGUAAGGAGAGAAGAGAUUCAACGUGUACGAAUAAGUGUUGUCACGCGCGCGAGGAGGUAUGCCUACGAAGGGGGAGAGGGGUAAAGCGACGGACUUUAGUAUCGCGGCCAUCAUGGCGCCCAGAGGUCCGUCCUUCGCGCAUUACCACCUGCAGGGCAUCGACAACGCUGCUACCACUACUAACACCAACCUGGAAUGUCCGAGCAGCAAAGGAUUCGUUACUGGUUCUACGCUAGAUCACCGCGUUCGAUCAUCGCCGGUGAACAUUGUCGCGACGGCUACGGUGAUGACGGCAGAAACCAUGUUGGUAGGCGACGAGGAGGUCGAGAACGGUGAGGGUGAGGGCGAGGGCGAGGGUGAAAGCGAGGGCACAGAGAAGUCCACGAACGAGGAGGAAGAGGAGGCGGACGUGGACGUGGAGGAGUGCAGCAGCGUCGAAGACGGCCCGUUACACAGGAUGUUGGCCGACGAGAUGGGUGGUACUGGGGCGUCAUCGCGGAAAUGCGCGGACGACGUCAGCGUGACCGAGGACACGAAGGUGCGUCUGAAAACCAGCUGUAACUCGGACGAGCUGCGUGACGUCGAGUGCCACCUCGAGACCAAGGAUCUCUGGAAAAAGUUCAACAGCCUCGGCACGGAGAUGAUCAUCACGAAGACUGGCCGACGAAUGUUCCCGACCUGCCGAGUAUCCUUUAGCGGGCUUAAGACUGAGGGCCGUUACUCCGUGCUGAUGGACAUCGUGCCGCUCGACAACAAGAGAUACCGAUACGCCUAUCAUCGUAGCUGCUGGCUGGUGGCCGGCAAAGCGGACCCGCCGGCACCCGCACGACUUUACACACACCCGGACUCUCCUUUUACCGGCGAGCAGUUAAGAAAACAGAUUGUUUCCUUCGAGAAGGUGAAACUGACCAACAACGACAUGGACAAGCACGGUCAGAUUGUGCUCAACUCGAUGCACAGGUAUCAGCCGAGGAUACACUUGGUUCUUUGUCGACACACCGACAACAGCGACAUAAAAAUCACCGACCUUCAGAAGGAGGAGCACAAGACGUUUAUCUUCCCGGAGGUCAUUUUCACAGCCGUGACAGCAUAUCAAAAUCAGUUGAUAACAAGACUGAAGAUCGACAGCAACCCGUUCGCCAAAGGUUUCAGGGAUUCAUCCAGGCUCACCGACUUCGAUCGGGACCCGAUGGAGAUGAUGGAGCAACAACUGAUGAGAUGUGGCGUACCUUCGGUCAGACUUUACGAGCACUUAGCCAUGGCGACCCCGGCAGCGGCAGCAGCGGCGGCGGCUGCUGCCGCCGCCGCGGCGAUCGGCGCGCAACAACAGCAGCAGCAACAGCAUCACCCGCCAUCCGCGCAGCAGCAGCAACAGCAGCAGCAUGAGAACGGUGGCCACCCGUUACCCUGGCUACCACCGUCGGCGCUCUUGUACGGCGCAAGGGGUGCCGCGAGCUCACCCUCACCCUACUCCACCCCCGCUGCCGUCGGCCCGGCCUUCCCGUAUCCGUUGUGGUCCUGGCAACCAUCCCCGGUUGCGAUGAUCUCGCGACGAUCGUCGCCCCCUACCGCCCCUGCGCCCCCCGGCCUCAGGUAUGUACCGUAUCAAGCGACAGCCAGCACACCCCCGCCGCUACGGACACGCCCGUCCUCCCCCAAUUAGCGAUCCCCGUCGGCGACUCGGCGACCGCUGCAUCAUCGUUCCUCCUCCCCCUGUCUGUGAUCGAGCGACCGAAACCGAAAAGCGGAACCGGCUGUCUGUCUCGGCGAGCUUGCUUCGUCGGCGGACGUCGUGGAUGAAUCGUGCUCGUGGAUAGCGAUGUGGAAAUUAAGUGAGACGCGUCGCUGUUGCUUGAAUUAUUGUUGCAAUGUGCUUCGAAUGAAUAUGUGAUCGUGAUUUAAACGGAGACAGCUGGGCGAUAAGGUAACGGUCCUAAUUGUAAAUUGUUUGAGGCUAAAGUAGCUUUUGUCAUUCAUUUAUACAAAUUUGUUGGUCGAUUAUUAAAAGGAAUUGUCGAUAUAAAUAUAAGCAACAGAUACUA